CUUUUGGUCAGUGCUAUUUCUCUCGCUGCCGGUGUUAACGUCUGCGGCGUGCGCGGAUAUUAAUAGCCAGGCAUGCGCACUGUUGGACCAAGCCAACCCUGACGUCUGCAAGGAUCCCACUUUAAGCUCGAGCGCUUGUCCAAAAUACUGCAACCUCUGUCCGUUGGAAUGCUACCAGUGUCAGAUGACGUCGGCUGAUAGAGACGCCUGUAACACUACCAGACUGUGUGGCGUCGGAGAGAGUUGCUUGUUGAAGGAGGUUCGGUCAACGGGGGACGGGCACACACAGUUUACCAUGACCUGCGCCACAGAUCAGAUCUGUGACGGCGACGAACCGUUGACUGUAUUUGGAAGACGAAAACGCAACGUUGUCAUGACUUGUUGCAAGACUGAUCUGUGUAACACACCUACGUCUAUUUUCUCUCCAUCGACAUCAACGGUGGUGUCAUCUUCAACGACUAUUAAAACCACGCCACAGACGGUAUGCGACACAUCCGGUGGAUUUCAGCUUCUGUCUUUUCAUGAGCAGAUGUGCGUCAAACUACACCGGUCAUCGCACAAAUGGGACGCCGCUAGGAGAAUUUGCCAAGCGGAGAAUGCAGACCUCGUGGUGCUAGACACCGCGGACAAGCGACGCGAUGUUACAAACUACGUUACGUCGACCAUUGGACACCCUGUCAACUACUGGAUUGGCUUGCGCGACCACCUGGGCGCAGACACAUUUCAGUGGGUGAACGCGGUGUACGUGUCCAACACGGACUACCAGUGGGGAGUCGGUCAACCCGACCAAAUCAAUCAAAACUGCGUUUUUGUUAAAAAGGAAGACCACCUUUGGCAUGACUGGCUUUGUUCGGAGUCUUUUUCGUUUGUUUGUGAACGAAAUAUGUAGAAAGAGUGCUUUAUUAUGUUUGAAGUGUUUCUGCUAGUCAACUCGAAAGUUAAUUAUAUAAAAUUAUUUAGAUAACCAUAUUUUUACUGCACGUUUAACAUUUGAUUGCAUACAACAGGAUCACAUUUAAAUUUAAACAAUAUGAUAGUAUGAGUAGUGUUCAGUAAAUUAUUCUAACCAACUGCCAUAACUUCUCUGCAAGUCUUGCCUGUUAU